AUGUACUUCUUUAUAAGCAACGUGGCCCUCCUAGACCUCGGCAGCAUCUCCAUUGUUGUUCCCAGAGCUGUGGUGAAUUCCAUAACGGGCUCUAAGACCAUCUCCCUGACAGAGUGUGCUGCACAGAUUUUCCUCUAUAUACUUUUUGCAGAGGUGGAAUUUGCCCUCCUGAUGGUCAUGUCCUAUGACCGCUAUGUGGCCAUUUGCCACCCUCUGCACUACAGGCUCAUCAUCACCCCCAGUGUGUGCUCCCAGGCUGCAGCUGGCUCCUGGGCCUCUGGUCUCGUCUUUUCUUCUAUUCACACAGGGGCUCUGUUCAGGCUUCCAUUCACCAAGACCAAUGUGGUCCAGCAGUAUUUCUGUGAUAUUCCUCAAAUAUUGAGAAUUUCAUCUUCAGAUGUCCAGUUUUGUGCAUAUGUACUCCUUGCUGUAAGUGUUUCCCUUGUCUUAGUGUGUUUAACCUUCAUGUUUGUAUCAUAUGUUAAAAUAUUUUCAACUGUUCUUAACAUCCAUUUCGUGGAAGCCCGUAACAAAGCCAUAUCCACCUGUACCCCGCAGCUGGCCAUUCUCCUUUUGUUUCUUGUCUCUGGGGAAGUAUCUGUCCUGGGUCCCACUGCAAAGGAACCCUCCCUUAAGAACCUGCUGACUGCCAUGUUCUACAGCAUGGUGCCCCCACUCGUGAACCCCAUCAUCUACUGUCUACGCAACAGGGAGAUCAAUGCUGCCCUGCGAAGCAGGUUCUGUUGA